UGAAUCAUCAGCAGCAAAGAUGACGAAUCAGAUCAUACCCACCACCAAGAAAAGCAAACACUCCACCCUAGAACAACUUCCAACCCAAAUCAUCCUCGAAAUCCUAUCAAGACUCCCCAUCAAAACCCUCUUCCUUUGUCAACUCGUUUCCAAGCACUGGCUUUCUCUAAUCUCAGACCCUCACUUCGCUAAUCUCCACCUCUCCAGAUCACCUGUCAGCCUCUUGCUCAAACCUUUCUACCCCCGUCGCGAAUCGAGACAACUUCGCUUGGUCGACCUCCAGAUCGCUCAUUCCACUCACCCCCGCGAUGCCCAGUUGAAAUUCAUCCCCAAAUUCAACUACCCACUUCUCAAAGAAGACGAAAUCGUCAAUUCCUGUAACGGGUUGCUCUGCUUAUCUGAUUUCACUGACGAUUCUGACCCCAUUUUCAUAUGCAAUCCGAUUCUGGGUGAGUACAUUACUUUACCCAUCUUACAUCACCGUGGAAAUUAUGAUGCUACUAUGACUGCUUUUGGGUUUAGUCUCAAGACUAAUCAGUACAAGGUGGUUCGGUUUUUUCUCCAAGAGGUUGUUUAUAUUGACUACAAUACUCAGAUGGGUUCUUACCGUGAGGAGGCAGAGGCUGAGAUUUACACAAUUGGUGGAGAAGGGUUGUGGAGGAAUAUGGGUAAGGUACCUUAUCAUUUGACAAACCACUCGUUCAAUUCUUUUGUGAAUGGAGCUAUUCAUUGGCUUAAUUUCAACCAUGAUAGUCCCGGCUUCAUUCGUUGUUUUGAUUUUGGGACUGAGGAAUUUCGGGUUGUUCCUCAACCUCUUGAGUUUGGUCUGCAUAGAGAGUUUCGAGGGCAUAAAUGUGUCGGUGUGCUGCAGGAUAGUCUGUCCAUUUGUGAAUUUUCUAUUCAUUGUGGUAUUGAUAUAUGGAUGAUGAAAGAGUAUGGCAAUGAGGAGUCUUGGAGCAAAGAGUUCGUUAUUGGAAAUGUGGUUAAUAAUAAGAAGGGAGGUUUUGACUAUUAUGAGCCAAUUAUGGUUCUAAAGACUGGGGAAAUUUUGAUGCUUUACAACAAGGAUGGUCUUGUGCUGUAUGAUCCUAAGCUAGGUGGGUUUAAGAAGCUAAGUAUUUAUUGGAUCAAAUCAGAAUUUUAUGGGGCUGCUCAUAUUCCGAGCUUGGUUUCCCUCCGUGAUGUUGCCAAAGGAGAAUACUUAUCUUUUCUUUGAUAAGUUGCCAAAGGACAAAAGGUUGAAGAUGUGCAGAGGCUGUGCUGUUGGAAGGGAAUUGAAGACUUUUUUGUUUUUUGUUUUUGGGUAGGAAUACUGAUGAACAUAUUGUAGUGGUACUUCAGAGAAUGAAAAUUCCCGUUAUUCUGAACAAGCGAAGAAAACCAGAGAAUGGAUAUUUCAAUUACCAUAACUUGUUACUGCUUGUUUUUGAAAAAUGGUGGAAGUUUCUUGCUUUUUGUUUUAGUUCUUUACUUGUGUAGCACGAACAAGUUUUUUGAGACGUUGAACCUUCGAGCUAUGGAUGAAUUCUGGGAUG